UAAUUAAAGGUAGUUGAGGGAAUUAAAUCCGUCAUUAAUGAAUUAUGAUCUACCUACUUUAAAUUUUUUUCACCUAAAUUACCUCCCGCUUUACCACAAAUCAGAGCGAAAUAAGACAAAAACAAACAUAGAAAAUCUCGUGCAAAAUUACCGACAAUAAUGCAAGCGAUUUUCUGUGUGUAAUUGCUGUUAUAAUUUUAAGGAAAAUGACAAUUAUACAAUUAUUAAACCCCAGAUUAUAAGAGAGAAGAUUCAAGAAAUUGGGAAGAGUCAUUAUUAGUAUCAGGAAGAAUGUUCAAACUUUACCAGAAUUAAUAAUUGAAGAAUUGUUUGAGAAGCGUAUUUCAUCACUUCUGCUCUUAUUCAAAUACUAUAAUUCAACCUAAUUUCUCGAAUUUCAGACUUGCAGUUGGUGGACUGCAGGCCAGGAGAUGAACUUUGUUGAACCAAACCAGUGAUUUGAACUUCUAAAGUGGUCAUUUUUCCGGUUCAUUUUCCAAUGUGGCCAUUGUGUGAAUUUGUAAAUAAAUUAUUAAGCUUGGAAGAGGUUACACAAAAUAGUUCAGAUUGUAGCUUAUCUGGCUCCUGCUCCCUCUAUUCAUUAACUGAUGGAAUAGACCACGAUGUGAUAUUGCCCCGUUUACGUUUCAUUGAGGUUCCUCAUGUCAAUCAGUUAUCCAAUUGGGAUUGUGGUCUUGCCUGUGUUCUGAUGGUUUUGCAAACGAUUGGGAUCAACAACUGCAGCCUGCAUACAUUGGAGAAGCUCUGCGGCACAAGGAGCAUAUGGACUGUUGAUCUGGCAUAUUUGCUGCAAAAAUUUUCUGUCAUCUUUUCCUAUUUCACUGUGACUAUAGGAGCAAAUCCAAACUUCUCUGUGGAGUCAUUUUAUAAGGAUCACUUACCACAUGAUUUGGUCCGAGUAGAUAUGUUAUUUCAAAGAGCGUUUAAGGCUGGAAUCAGUAUAGAGUGCAGAUCGUUUAGUCAAAAAGAAGUACCUCUCUUGAUCUUGUCGGGAAGAUACGUAGCAAUUGCUUUGGUUGAUCAGUGCAAACUAUAUCGGUCAUGGCUGGAGGACUACCAUAUCUCUGAAUUAUGUGGAAGCAAUCUGGGCUAUACAGGUCAUUAUGUUGUAAUUUGUGGGUAUGAUGCUGACAAAGAUGAGUUUGAAAUCAGGGAUCCUGCCAGCUCAAGGAAAUAUCAGAAAAUCUCUUCGAAACACCUAGAUGAAGCUCGCAAAUCUUUUGGUACAGAUGAGGAUCUUCUACUGAUUUCAAUUGAUCAGAGAUAUAACAAAGAGGCAUUUCCGCUAAUCUCAGGUCAUGCUAAUGAAGAUCCAUGACAACUUACAAACUUGUGCAGUAAACUGUGUAUAUGAUCCUUCGCAUGUACAAUUUCAUCCUCUGUUAUAAGUUUCACAACAUGUACCCAUCCCCAGGUUUGGAAAUUAGCUUAAAUUGCCAUCUGUAAAUCAUCACUUGUGCUGUUGUGCAUUAGAUUGAAUAAUUCUUUUGUAAAUCUCUUCACAUAUAUUCAUCAUAAUUUAAGUAUCUUAAUAUAAAUUAAGUUAAUGUUGUUUUCGUUA